GAGUACAAUGAACCAAGGCGACUUAUUCGAAGAUAUUUCAAGAAAAGGACAUGCUUUGAAAUCCCAAUCCCAUGCACGAGGCCCGAAAAAUUGGAAUCAAUGUCGGAUUCUAAGAUUGAGCCAAAAUUUCUGCAACGGGUGAACGACUUGCACCAAUACCUAUGUGAAAGUUGCCCGAAGAAAUUCAAAUCAGGAAAGCCAAUAAACGGAAGAAUGCUGAGAACGAUGAUAAUCAGCUACAUGAAUUCCGUGCAUGAAAACACGGCACCGUGUUUAACCGAUGCUAUGAAACUGAUGGCUGAAGAAGAAAACCAGUUUGCAGUACAGAAAACGACUGAAUGCUAUCUAGAUGAAAUGAAGAAGAGGAUUAACAAACACAUACCAAACGAGGAAGGGCUUGAAAUGUAUCACAAUGAUUGUAUGGACGUCGCUGUCAAGACAUUAAGAGAAUUAGUUGUAUUUGAUGACGGAGAUAUAUUUCAGAAAAAAGCGGCCGAAUGUUUCGAAAAUCAUUUGAAACGAUUCAAGUCAAUCGUAGAGAGAGACUCCCUUGACAGAUGCAGAAGGUCUCUAGGCCAGCUCGACCUGAAAAUCCAACGGAAAAUAAGAGAGAACAAGUAUGCACAUUCGCUUGGUUACAGCGAAUACAUAGCAGACAUCAACACUCUUGCUGAUGAAUUCAUAAAACAAGAACGUUACCUUGGAUCAAAGACAAGAGCUGCCUUGCAAGAAUAUAUCGAUGCAAAGAUCAAGGAAGAGCAACUGGUUUACGAAAUGGUUAAGGACCAUAUUGAUGCUGAAGCUGAACCUCAGUUACGUCGCCUUUCAGUUCAAUCAAGCCCGAUUCCAGCGCAGUUUGCAGAUUUUAUAGAAGGGGAACAGCCAGCUGAACAGAAGGCACGAGAGUCUAUUGAAAAGUAUGAAAUUGAUGGGCUAAUGAGAAUUGGAUCACAAUAUCUUGAGAUCCUGGAACUGAAGUUCCUAGAAAUAGAGCAGGCUAAGGCCGAGUUGUCAGAAGACAACUCAUACUAUAAGCAACUUGUAACCGAGUACAAUGUCUGGUAUGAUUUGUACGAAAAGGCGAACUUCGAGAAGGAUCCGAACAUAUCAAAGCCAAUCCCAAAGCCAAGGCGGGUCUUUCUGAACAACACUGUGGAAAAACGACCGGAAAGCAGAUACGCUGAUAAGGAAGCAAAACAGAAGAAUCGUUUGUCCAAAAAUCCAAAAUGUCUAAUACUUUAAAACAAAACACACUCAGACAUAUGUCAUAAUGAUAUUUCCGAGACUAUGUGAACCUGUUAUAAAAUAUUGUUUGACCCUAAAUUUCUACGGAAUUGAUACAUGUAUUUUCACAACAAUAGAAUACAGUACUGAUAUUCAUUUUAAAAUGCUAUUUUUCAAGUAAGGGACGAUGAAGUCGACUUCGGUUUUAUGUAUUACUCAGUGUGUGUUUAUUUAUAUAGUUGUGUUUCUUAUCCGCUACUAUAUAUAAUUAGCAAUUGUAACCAUUAUUUUUCCACUCAUUAAAUUGUAGUUGUGAGUGAUUCUGGCAUUUUCAGCUUUAAUCCUUUUGGCAACAGUGUGUGCAAUUUAUGUAGAAAACUAGUAUGUGAUUUUUGUAGAGUAACGGUGUAAUGAUGGGACAAAACGUAGGUGCAAAACAGUAUGUUCUUCUUGUAGCAUAUUAUUAUUUGCUUUUUUGAGCAAAACAGUUUGUAAAAAGGUAUGUAUUUUAGCAUAAUGGUAUUUGUGUAAACUAUUGUAUUCCUUUGAAGCAAAGCUUUGUAUGUGCAAAAUAGU